UGUGUAACGGCUUUGUCAUUAAUCAUUUUCUUUUCAAAAGUCCCGAACCGAUUUCCCUUUGUGGGAUAAGGGGGAGGAGGUGUAUCACCGUUAGCGGAGGGGGCUGGCUUGGGGCUGCGCCUCUAUAAGUACGACUGGGUCUCGAGGUAGAGAAAGGAUCCCAACAUCACAGCGGUGGGCGUAUGAAUAGGGUAACAUUGUGUGAACGUACAGCGAGUUGUUCACGUUUGCAUUUUUCUUUAAAAGAUCAAAAUCUAGUUUUCUCUUUAGGGCUUUAGAAAAAGGGAAGUCAAAAUGGAAACGUGGAAACUGCUGGCUUUGAUUGCCGUUGUCUUUGCGGUUGUAUAUUACGUUCAGGGAUCAUCGGUGAGUGAUGGCGAGGAGUCCUGGUUGGCGGAGAGCUGGCAGACUGAACCUUCCGAGAACAGCUUCACCAGCAAAGUGGCAGACCUAAUAAAAAGAUCCAAAUCGCAGCAGUUCUACGGCCUUAUGGGCAGGCGGUCAGGCAUCCAACUACCUGCACGUCAAGGUCGAAAAAGAAAUAAAGGAGAGAUGUUUGUUGGCCUUAUGGGAAGGAGAUCAUCCAGUGGAGAGUUUCAAGAGGAGUGGGACAAACCUCAGUUCUACUGAUGAUUACCCAUGAAAGAUAUUGUUAUUUAACAAUAUUUCUCUUUAAUUACCUUUGUCUUUUGUUCAACUUGUUGGGAGCCCAUCAGAAUUAUGCAAUCAAUUCCUAUUAAAAAUUAAUGUAACAGUAACAAACAGGAGAAUGUAACAACAGGAUUUCUAAUCUAUGGUCAUCCUUAUACUCUCCCUUUGCAUUUCACCAAGUGGAGAAACACACUUUCAAAACUGUCCUACAUCCAUUUAAAUUUUGUAUAGUACAGUCCAUUGACAAGCAAAAUUAUUGUAUGAUUAUUCGCUAAUUGUGACUGAAUAUGUAUAUUUGUGUCUAGCUGUUGCUGAAAGGAAUUCCCUCAGCAUUGUAGUAACAAAGUUACUAACACAAUAAAAGAUUGAUUACUUUGA